AUGCUCUCCAUGGCCUCCCAGGGGCGCUUCAUCGAGUUUUGCAAGCCCACGGUGGAUGAGUGGAGUGAGAAGCUUCAGACGGUGGACGCGGUCCUGCAGGUCUGGCGGAAGUUCCAGGUGAACUGGUGCCGCUUGGAGCCCAUCUUCAUGCAAAGUGAUGACAUCCGCUCACAGCUUCCUGACGACUCCAAGCGCUUCGAGCUCUUGGACAACAGCUGGAAGGACUUGAUGAUGGAGGCGUCACGCUCAUCGUUGAUUGUGGAGAUAUGCAUGGCGGAGGGCCGCGCGCAGACUUUGGCCGACAUUAGCGAUGCCCUGGACACCUGCGAGCGCUCGUUGAACGACUACUUGGAACAGAAGAAGAAAUAUUUCCCGCGUUUCUACUUCGUCGCCAACGGGGCCUUGCUGGACAUCCUCUCCAACGGCAACAAGCCCCUCAAGGUGGCAGAGUACCUGGGCGACGUCUUUGACGGCAUUCGCACUUUGGACUUCUCGAAAGACCCGCAGUUUGGCCGCAUCGCAUGCGGUCAUCGGGCCAAGGAUGGCGAGUUUGUGGCCUGGCCUUCCGAAAAUCCGGGCGUCUUCAGCUUGGAGGGCCCCGUGGAGCAGUACCUUUCUGGCCUCGAAUCCCAUGUGCGCCUUGCCCUUCGAGAGAUCCUCGAGCAGGCCAGGACCUCCGCGGAGAGCUGGGAGGUGGGGGACAGGCCUCGCGAGACGUGGCUGGAUGAGUUCUGCGCUCAGCUGAGCCUGCUGGCGACGCAGAUCAUCUGGACGGAGGAGACGGCCCGGGCAUUUGAGGACAUGGAGGCAGGGAGUGAGACGGCCAUGCGGGACUACAAACGUGUGAAUGACGAUCGGAUCGACAAGCUCAUUCGCCGAGUGCAAAAAGAAUCAGACAGAGAACUUCGAACAAAGGUCAUCACCAUCAUUACCAUCGAUGUCCACUCUAGGGACGUCAUCGAGUCGUUCGUGUUGCAGAAAGUCAACGAGGCAAACGACUUCAGGUGGGGAUCCCAACUCCGCUUCUACUGGCAAAUGUGUCCUCCAGGGCUGAAUCUGGUGUCCUUCACUCCAGCACACCAGAAGACUUGCUUGAUUCGAAUAUGUGAUUGGGCCACUUGCUACUCCUACGAGUACGUGGGCAACGUCGGCCGACUGGUCAUCACCCCUCUCACGGACCGAUGCUACAUCACCCUGACGCAG